AUGCCGGCGAUGUUGGAAGACCCCACGGCUCCGGCCAUCUACCGUGUCUCUGGCAAUCCUCCCUACCCUACGCCUGAUGAUCCGCAAAUACCGCACUCCAUAGUUCCUCGCAAGGUUACUCUCCGCGAUCGCAUAACCAUCGCCUCCCUGCUCCCCUUCUCCACCCCCACUGCCGUUCCCGCACGCCUCCUCUCGUACCUCUGCUCCCAGCUAAAUCUCGAAAUUGAAAAAGGAGACACUUACCCCAUGAUGACCUCGAUGUCUGUUUCGACAUUCGGAACUUACUGGUUCCAAAAUUUUGGCGCGAUCAUGUUGCUAGGGGAGGUGGAAAGUGUAGAGCAAGUCUGGGAAAUGGAAGAUGGAGGGGAGGGGUGGGAAAAAACCUGUCUGGGAAGCUUUUACGUCAAGCCAAACUAUCCCGGAAGGAGUAGUCAUAUUUGCAACGGAGGCUUUCUAGUGACAGAGGCAGCGAGAAACAAGGGAGUCGGAAGGUUGAUGGGAGAAGGGUAUCUAGAGUGGGCUCCCAAAUUGGGCUAUACCUACUCAGUUUUCAACCUCGUCUACGAAACCAAUGUAGCAUCAUGCCGAAUCUGGGAUGCCCUCGGCUUCAAACGCAUCGGCCGGAUCCCCUCGUGCGGAAACCUCCGCUCCUCUCCUAAUGAAUUAGUCGAAGCCAUAGUGUAUGGCCGUAGUCUAGGUUCUGACGCCGAGGACAUUGUCAGUGAAGAACGCUUUGACAAAAUCCGCUACUAUCUCAAGCACGGAACCUAUCCAAGUGGUGCUGACCGGGCGGAGAAGUCCAGACUGAGGAGUGCAGCGACGCACUACAAGCUCGUUGGUGGGGAAGAAAACGGGGGAGGUGAAGAGAAGCUAAUGCUUAAGGAUAAAGAGGUGGUGAGUGAUCCGCAGCGGCAAUAUCAAAUCUCGAAGCAAGUGCAUGCACAGCAGCACGGCGGUAUCAAUAAAACCACGGCUACGAUUGCGGAGAGAUUCCAUUGGGUCAGGAUCAAGGAGACUGUCAGUCUCGUCAUCAAGAACUGUCCAGACUGCAAAGAUACAGCUGCCAAGGCACCUACCGUACGGCCAAUGGGCGAGGGGCCUGGCCAGUUCAGGAAAGCUGCCUUUGCGAAUGGACAGAAUGGACCGAACGACCCCAACAGCAUGAUCGAACGGCUCGUCAACUUCGACCAAAUGGACCCGCAUCCCGGGCUGGAUCAGAAAGAUCUCUCCAUCUCAAGAAGUCCAGAGAUGGACCAUCACGCACCGACAGCGAUGAUGCGCCGGCUGCAGGACUUCAACGGCAUCCCUGUCGACCCGCAAAUUGAUCCGCGGAUAAUCCAGCAACAGCACGGAGCCGGCCAUUACGGUGGCGAGGACUAUACGGGUGCGCAUAGAGUCGAGAACCGAUAUGUUGAUUUGGACAUGGAUGGGUCGCAGCAUCAGCACCUGCCUAUGGCGAUGGCGACGGAGAGGCAUGUGAGGAAGGGGGAUGAGCCGACAGGAUAUCAGACACAGGGCAUGGCGCAUGAGGCGAGGAUGCAAGAUGGGAACGCCUACAAGGAUGAGAGGAUGCACGAUGGGGACGACUACAAGACCGAGAGGGAAAUAGAUUUCCAAGAGCUUUUGAGAAACUCGUGA